CAUAACCUUGAGAGUUGAGACCAAUCUAAUAUAAGAAUCUUUGGAUUAUUGUGUAGAGUAGAGGUAUCCAGUAUCCACCUUUAACUUAUGUGGCAUAAGAUUUCUUAAUUAAGUACCUUGCAAUGGCUACGUUGGAAAAGUAAAUUUUGGAAUAUGAGCAUACCAUAUGAAAUUGAUGAUUGCAAUGUCGAUAUUCCAACACCAUUCGCGCGAUGGCCUCCUCCACCACUACAACAAAAAAGAAAAAAAAAGGAGACAAAGUUAAUGCCGAAGUCCGAAUCUCCCUCUCUUUCCAAUUUCGAUAUUUAAAUUAUCCACUAAGUCUUUUUUCUUGUUCUUUUUUUGUUUUUUGGUUCUUCCCAGUUCAAUUGAUUUGGGGCGUUUUAGGGUUUGUUUAUCGUGUUAUCCACUCUUCAAUUCUCUUACUUUUUUUUCAUAAUUAUCUUUUAUUUUUUGAUGCUGAUGACCCAAAUUUUAUGCGGUUUUGUCCAAUUCUUAUUUCCAACCACCGGUGAUCAAUUUCUGACAAAAAAAGAAACAAUUUUUGAAUGAACUUUUUCUUAGGCUCUAUGACAGAGAUUAUUUUUUAAACAUGCUUCUGUCUGAUUUCUGGUUAGAUUUUUCUUGUUUUGAUCAUUUUAAAGCUGCAUUGAUCAAUUUGAUUCUGAUUUUCUGCUUCCAAUUGGUCUUUUCUUUUUUUGCCAUCAUUUGUUUUCUCUCCUUGUCUAAUGAUAAAUUCCUCAUUUCGCAUGCAUUACAUUACCCUUUUGGAAGAUCUUUCUGGGGUGCCCUCUGAUAAUUAAAAAGUUGGCAUUUUUGUCCCAGAAUUCCGUUUUUAAUAAUAAUAACAAAUAAUUGUAAUGUAAUAUUAAUAAGAAGAAGAACUACCUAAAUAUAUAUAUAUAUAUAAAUAACAUAAUGAAGCUUGUGGUUCGGGUAACUGAGGCAAAAAACUUGCAACUUCCGGAUCCUAAUGGGGCAACUGGUCUUUACGUUCGGUUACAGUUGGGGAAGCAGAAGUUCAAGACGAAGGUGAUCAAGAAGUCUUUGGAACCAAGGUGGGAUGAAGAGUUCAAUUUUUGUGUUGAUGACCUUAAAGAGAAGCUGGUCAUUUCUGUCAUGGAUGAAGAUAAGUUCUUCAAUGAUGACGUGGUUGGGAAGAUUAAGGUGCCAGUUUCAUCUGUUUUUGAAGAACCAUCUAAAUCUCUUGGCCAUGUUUGGCACUCUCUCAAACCCAAAAACAUGAAAUCCAAAAAGAAGGAAUGUGGUGACAUUCUUGUGAGCAUAUACUUUUGCCAAAAUAAUCCAUCUGAUGGUAACGGCGAUCAAAUAGCACUACGAAGGAAACUUUCUGAUGCAACAACUGAAUCGUUUUCAUCUUCUUUUCGACGUUCAAACUCAUCUUCGCCAGUUAGGGAAGAAAGUACAGUGUCUAAGGAUGAGAAACUUGCUCCACAAAAAACAUUUGCAGGCCGACUUGCCCAAAUUUUCAGUAGUAAAGUUUCCGAGCUGCCUGUACAAUCUUCUUUGAAUAAAAGCAUUGACUUGGACCUAUCUGAAACUAGCAAAGCUGAAGAAGGUGAAAUCAAGACUGAGGAUCAGACGACCUCUAAUGAAACUUUUGAAGAAUGUAUGAAGAAAAUUCAAUCGGCAGAUCAAGGAAGUGAAGUUCCUAGCAAUUUAUCAGGAGGAGUGCUUAUAGAUCAAUUGUAUAACAUUGCACCAGAAGACUUGAAUGCAUUACUAUUUGCACCUGAUUCCAGUUUUGCAAAGUCAUUUGCAGAUUCACAGGGCACUACAGAACUGCAAAUAGGACCUUGGAAGUUAGAGGAUGGUGGGGAGAGAUUAAAAAGAUCACUUUCUUACCUCAAAGCUGCCACUAAGUUACUUAAGGCUGUCAAAGGCUAUGAGGAUCAAACAUAUUUAAAAGCUGAUGGGAAGAGGUUUGCUGUUUUCGCCUGUGUCAGCACCCCAGAUGUUAUGUAUGGGAGCACCUUUAAGGUUGAAAUACUCUAUGUGAUCACACCAGGGCCAGAGUUGCAAUCAGGAGAACCGUGUUCCCGGUUGGAGAUAUCAUGGCGAUUGAAUUUUGUACAGAGCACCAUGAUGAAAGGAAUGAUAGAAAACGGUGCUCGUCAAGGUAUGAAGGAAAGCUUUGGUAAUUAUGCUGCCAUGUUAUCUCAGAUUGUUAAUCCUGUCGAUUCAAAGGACCUUGGUUCUGCUAAGGAACAAGAUUUGGCAUCGAUACAGCCGGAGCCGCAGUCAGAUUGGAAGCUGGCAGUGCAGUAUUUUGCUAACUUCACAGUUGUCUCAACACUCUUAAUGGGGUUGUACAUCAUUGUCCAUAUAAUUCUGGCUGAAUCUAGUACAAUUCAAGGGCUUGAGUUUUUUGGGCUUGACUUGCCAGAUUCAAUUGGCGAAUUUGUUGUUUCUGCUGCUUUAGCCCUUCAAGCUGAACGAGUGCUGGGUUUGAUCUCACGCUUCAUGCAGGCCAGAACACAAAUGGGUAGUGAUCAUGGAAUUAAAGCAUCGGGAGAUGGAUGGUUGCUAACUGUGGCCUUAAUUGAAGGAAGCAAUUUAGCUACUGUUAAUUCUAGUCGGAAAUGUGAUCCAUAUGUGGUGUUUACUUGCAACAACAAAACAAGAACCAGCUCAAUCAAGUUCAAGAAAUGUGAUCCUUUAUGGAAUGAAAUCUUUGAAUUCGAUGCUAUGGAUGAUCCUCCUUCCGUUUUGGAGGUGGACGUUUAUGAUUUUGAUGGACCAUUUGAUGAAGCCAUAUGUCUUGGACAUGCUGAAAUCAAUUUCCUGAAAACAAACAUCUCAGAUCUUGCAGACAUAUGGGUUCCUCUUGAUGGAAAGCUGGCUCUGGCAUGCCAAUCUAAGCUGCACUUAAGAAUUUACUUGGACAACACUAGAGGUGGAAAUGUUGUAAAACACUAUAUAAGUAAAAUGGAGAAAGAGGUGGGCAAAAAGGUUCUAUUUCUUUCGGCAAGAAUAAUUGGAUUUAAUGCAAAUUUGUUUGGAAACAAGACGAAAUUCUUUUUUCUUUGGGAGGACAUUGAAGACAUCCAGGUCAUUCCUCCUACGUUCGCAUCGAUGGGGAGUCCCUCAAUUGCCAUAACUCUUCGACCGGGCAAAGGUUUGGAUGCUAGGCAUGGUGCAAAAAUGCAAGAUGAACAAGGCAGACUGAAGUUUCAUUUCCAAUCCUUUGUGUCUUUCAAUGUUGCAAACAGGACUAUAAUGGCCCUCUGGAAGGCAAGAGCCUUGACUCCUGAACAGAAGGUCCAGUUAGUUGAAGAAGACUCUGAAACAAAAAACUAUAAUGGUGAAGAGAAUGGCUCAUAUAUUGGCCUUGAAGAUGUUAUCUUGUCCGAGGUUUAUGCUUGUACCGUCACUGUUCCUGCCAGUUUCUUUAUGGAGCUAUUCAAGGGGGGUGAGUUGGAUCGCAUGUUCAUGGAAAAAUCUGGUUGUGUUGAAUAUUCUUAUACUCCUUGGGUAUCUGAGAUAGAUAGCAUCAGUGAAAGGUCAGUAUAUUACAAAUUCGAGAAGCGAAUUUCGAAAUAUAAAGUUGAAGUGACAAGUACACAGCAAAGAUCUCUUCUGAAUGGAAAUGUUUGGCUAUUGGAGGAGGUUAUGAACUUCCAUGGAGUUCCUCUUGCAGAUUAUUUCAAUCUGCACCUUCGCUAUCAAAUCGAUGAUUUACCACACAAUGCAAAAGCAUGUAAAGUGCAGGUAAUGUUUGGAAUUGAAUGGCUGAAAAGUACAAAACAUCAGAAAAGGAUCUUGAAGAACAUCACAAAACAUCUACAAGAACGGUUAAAGCUGACCUUCAAUCUAGUUGAGAAGGAGUAUUUGGUAAAACCGCCAAGCAGUGAAUGAAUGAAUCUUACUAUAUCUGACCUUUGAACAAGUAGGGAAGCUAGCUGAUAUUAUUGCAGCAGACAAAUAUGUGAUGCAUUGGAUUAAGAUCCAUGCUUGGGUGUGAUUAGCAUACUUCACUAAUUUUCUGUGGAAUAAUCAAACCUGCUAGUGUACAUGGUGUAAAAAGCUGGUGAACUUAGAUUAGAACUUGGUGCAUGGUGCAUAGUGCAUACAUAUUAGUCUUUUGCUAUUAAUAGCAGCAAUGAUGCUGGAAAUUAUUCUUUUUGCUGAUUAGCUUCCAACAUUUACUCUUUCAGACAAAUUUGAGGAAGAGGAAAAUGCUCUAAUUGCUACUUCAAAACUCCAAAUGUAUAUGUUGUUAUGUGUUGUAACUGUGAAUUGUAGACAUGUUAUUUACAAGGGUCUUAGCGUGUAUAUAUGUAUAUGUAUGUAUCUCUAGUAUCAUACUGUAUGUAUGUUGUCUUUGAUUCCGAAAUGUUUACUCAGUAAUUAUUAAUGAUAAAAGUAUCUGAUAGGAAUGAUUCAUGAUUGUUGUAAAGUAAUUUUGUUCAUGUAUGAGGACCCACAUUUCCUUAUAUAUUUAACAUUUUAGAGACAUUCAUAAUUUCUAAUGACCCAGAUUCAUCCAUAAAGAAGCUC